UCUUCCAGUUUGAAUUUUGGUGCCUCAAUUUUGAGGGCCCUCCUUGUGACCCCUAAAGGGGCGUGUCUUAAGUUGUGCACCCAAAAAUGUAAGCACCUCAAUUGACUAGUCACUUUUGAAAAUCCUGGCAUGUGACUUAAGAGCACAAGUCCCAUUGAUUCUUAAGCCACCUAGAUUUGUUUGAAAUGCCCCUCCCCCCACCCUUUUCCAUGUGUUUUUUGUCGUACAGUAGCUCUGAACUAGAGGUCACCAAUCACUGUCACAGUGUGAAGGGCUCCACUUGCAAUUCCUCAUCUCCUUGUGUUCAGACUCUAUGCAGAAGGGACAAUUGAUUUCCUGGGUCUCCGGUGGUCUGGAAGAACCAAAACAAGCUGAGUCAGGGCUUUGAGUAACCUCCAUGGUCUCCAUGCAGAAUUUUCACACAGUAUUUAAAUAGUUCCAUGUAGAUGGGAUCCCUGAGCCUCUCAACAUUGUAAAAAUAACUAAAUAAAAAAAAAGGAGAAAGAGAAAAAAAUACUCUUCAGACAACCUUUGGUUCUCCCACCAAAUCCCUCUCAAUUUCUGGUGUAAUUUGUGUUCCAUUAAUAUUUCAGAAAAAUAUGAGGAGACAACAGCAGGCAGCAGAUGAAGAAGCUCCCCCUGAUUCGUAUUACCACAGCCAUUAUGGGGAAUCAGAACUGAGAAUCGUCCUUGUAGGUAAAACAGGAGCUGGGAAAAGUGCAACAGGAAACACCAUCCUUGGUGAGAGAGUGUUUGCAUCCAUACUGGGAGCACAGACAGUGACUACGAUUUGUAAAGCUGGCAGUAGGAUCUGGAAUGGGAAGACGAUUCGAGUGGUUGAUACUCCUGCAAUUUUUAAUCCAAAGAUCUGCAGUACAGACACUUACCAAGAGAUUGGUCGCUGUAUCGCGCUCUCUGUCCCAGGCCCCCAUGCUCUGGUGCUGGUGACCCAGCUGGGCCGUUACACUGAAGAAGACAAGGAAGCAGUGAGGACAGUACAGGAGAUUUUUGGAGUUGAGGCCAUGAGGUACAUGAUUGUCUUGUUCACCCGAAAAGAAGAUUUAGGGGAUGGUUCACUGAGUGACUAUGUGAAAUACUCAGAUAACAGAGAUCUCCAGACGCUGAUUCAAAAGUGCGGCAACCGAUACUGUGCUUUCAAUAACAAAGCAACUGGAGCAGAACAGAAAGAGCAGGUUAAUAAGCUGAUAGAAAUAGCUGAGAGAAUGGGGCGGCAGAACGGAAACUCAUAUUAUACUAAUGAAUUAUAUUCCCAGGCAGAGGUGAUGUUCAGUGAUGUUAAUGGAAACUUUGAAGAAAAAUGCAGAAACUUUGGAGAAAAAGUGAAACAGCACAUAACAAACCAAAGAGACAAAGCUGAGCAUCGUGGGGUAUUAAACAGAAUUAGGAAAUCAUGUUGUCUAACUACAGUUUAUCUAUGGAGACAGGUGAUAUUUGUGAUAUAUGCUAUAUGUAGGAUAGGAUAUGCUAUAUGUAGGAGAGGAUGGAGGUGCAUUCUUUCAUUGUAUAAUUACUGGUUUGGUUAAUGACGGUAACUCAGUUUCCUAUUUGUUUUCCUCUUGGAGUUGAAAUGUUGAAUUUUUCUUCAUUCUAAUCCUACAGCUUCCUAUGUUCUAUAGUUCAGGUUCUUACCACUAGUACAGCAAAAGACAAACAUGCAAAUUAUGAUUAGAUGAAAUCAUUUAGAUUUGUUUUACAUUAACUUCACACAGGAGAUUCCAAUAAGGAUUGUAUAUGGAUGUGUCAAAUCUAUACUUUUUUUAUGGAAAACCAAAUGGUGGCAGUGUAAUAAACA